UACAUCAAGCUCGCAAUUAACAAGACCUUUUCAGCCGGCCCUUAGUAAAAUAGUAUCUCUUAGUCAUGUCUUUCUUCUGUUACACGUUAACAGUCUCCAAUGUCCACCCACUCCACUCUCUCUACAAUAACACCACCAAAUUUAAAUCCUUCCAUCCAUGGAAACCUCUUCUGAUCAGAUAUUCCUUUUUGUCCUUCUCUUUCCCAACACAAACAAACAUCCUGAAAGUGACCUUUACCAGCUGCUGAUCUGAUAUUCCUUUUAACAGUUUAACUUCCUCCAACUAUAAAAGCUGCCACCUUUUUGUUCACCAUUCAACCUGAAACAACUUAACCCUCAGGGGGGAGGUGAAAAGCUCAGGAAAAACCCAGUAAUGGCGACUUCAGCGAGACUCAGCAGCGGCAGGAUAAGCAGCUCGGACAUGUGGAGGAACAGCAGUGCAGGGGAGAGGGUGUUCUCGAGGUCAGCACGAGCAGACGAAGAAGACGACGAGGAAGCACUGAAAUGGGCUGCCCUGGAGAAGCUCCCUACUUACCUGAGGAUCAGGAGAGGGCUUUUGAACGAGGACGAAGGGAAUUCUCGCGAGGUGGAGAUCACCAACUUGGGGCUCUUGGAGAAGAGGAACCUGCUGGAGAGGCUUGUCAGGAUUGCUGAUGAAGAUAAUGAGAAGUUCCUGCUCAAGCUCAAGAGUCGCAUUGAUAGAGUUGGGCUGGAAAUGCCGACUAUUGAAGUGAGGUUCGAGCAUCUGAACGUGGAGGCAGAGGCUGAUGUUGCAGGCAGGGCAUUGCCUACUGUGUACAACUUCUCUGUCAACUUGCUUGAGGGAAUCUUGAACUCUCUUCACAUUCUACCAAGCAGAAAGAAACCAUUGCCAAUCCUUCAUGAUGUUAGUGGAAUCAUCAAGCCAGGAAGAAUGGCACUGCUCUUAGGUCCUCCUAACUCUGGAAAGACUACCUUAUUACUUGCCUUGGCAGGAAAACUUAGUAAAGAUCUGAAGUUUUCAGGAAAAGUUACAUACAAUGGUCAUGAAAUGGAUGAGUUUGUGCCUCAGAGAACUUCAGCUUACAUCAGUCAGUAUGACCUUCAUAUUGGAGAAAUGACUGUCAGAGAAACCCUAGCUUUCUCUGCAAGAUGCCAAGGCGUUGGACCACGUUACGAUAUUCUGACUGAACUAUCUAGAAGAGAGAAAACAGCAAGCAUCAAGCCAGAUCCUGAUAUUGACCUCUACAUGAAGGCAGCAGCAUUGGAAGGCCAAGAAGCCAAUGUGGUUACUGAUUACAUUCUCAAGAUAUUAGGGCUUGAAGUAUGUGCUGAUACAUUAGUGGGCGAUGAAAUGGUUCGAGGCAUCUCAGGAGGGCAAAAGAAGCGAGUUACAACUGGGGAGAUGAUGGUUGGACCUUCACGAGCUCUAUUCAUGGAUGAAAUAUCUACUGGUUUAGACAGCUCAACUACCUUCCAAAUAGUCAACUCACUAAAACAAUCCAUCCACAUCCUCGAGGGAACUGCUCUUAUCUCUCUUUUGCAGCCUGCGCCAGAAACCUAUGAUCUCUUUGAUGAUAUCAUUCUUCUUUCCGACGGAUACAUUGUCUACCUAGGCCCUCGAGAAAAUGUGCUCGAGUUCUUCGAGCACAUGGGAUUCAGAUGCCCGGAGAGGAAAGGAGUAGCAGACUUCUUGCAAGAAGUAACAUCAAGAAAGGAUCAGGAGCAGUACUGGGUGAGAAGAGACGAGCCUUACAACUUCAUCACUUCAAAGGAGUUGGCAGAAGCAUUUCAGUCGUUCCACAUUGGCAGGAAGCAAGGAGAUGAGCUGGCAACUCCAUUCGACAAGUCGAAAGGCCACCCUGCUGCACUAACUACAGAGAAAUUUGGUGUCAACAAGAAAGAACUUCUGAAAGCUUGCAUCACAAGGGAGUAUUUGCUCAUGAAGAGGAACUCCUUUGCCUACAUUUUCAAGAUGGCCCAGCUUGUGGUUAUGGCUUUCCUAACGAUGACGGUGUUCCUAAGGACGAAUAUGCAUCACGAGACAGUGAACGAUGGAGGGACUUACAUGGGGGCUAUCUUCUAUGGGAUGAUUAUCAUAGUUUUCAAUGGGUUCACGGAGAUGGCAAUGACUAUCCACAAGCUUCCAGUGUUCUACAAGCAAAGAGACCUUCUCUUCUUCCCUGCAUGGGCGUAUGCUCUUCCUACUUGGGUGCUCAAGAUUCCCAUCACAUUUGUAGAGGUUGCAAUAUGGGUCAUCCUCACUUACUAUCCUAUUGGCUUUGAUCCAAACAUUGGAAGGUUUGUGAAGCAGUACCUGUUAUUCGUUCUUGCAAACCAGAUGGCUUCGGGGUUGUUUCGACUCACUGCAGCACUGGGAAGGAACAUGAUCGUUGCAAACACAAUUGGAUCAUUAGGUUUAAUUACUGUUCUAGUGCUGGGCGGAUUCAUCAUCUCAAGAGAAAAUGUGAAGAAAUGGUGGUUGUGGGGUUACUGGAUCUCCCCAUUGAUGUAUUUGCAGAAUGCUGUCACUGUCAACGAAUUCCUCGGCCACAGUUGGAGCCAUGUGCCCCCUAACUCGACUGAGUCACUUGGAGUUCAGAUUCUCAAGUCCCGUGGACUAUUCCCUUAUGCAUACUGGUAUUGGAUUGGAGUUGGAGCACUGAUUGCAUCCUUGAUUCUCUUCAAUUUCCUCUUCAUUGUCGCUCUCAAGUAUCUCGACCCAUUUGGUAAGCCUCAGGCCAUCAUCUCAAAAGAAGACUCGGAAGAGAACACUACUUCACGUAGAGCCAGUAUGGAACUCUUAGAAAGAGGUAACAAUGAAAGCAAUAGGAGAAGCAUUUCUUCCAGGACACCUUCAGCAAGAGUUGGUGACUUCGAUCAGGACAAGAGAAGAGGAAUGGUCCUUCCAUUCCUUCCACUUUCGAUAACCUUCGAUGAGAUUAGGUAUUCAGUAGACAUGCCAGAUGAGAUGAAAGUUCAGGGGAUCCCAGAGGACCGUCUGGAUCUUCUCAAGGGUGUCAGUGGAGCUUUCAGGCCAGGAGUCCUGACAGCUCUAAUGGGAGUCAGUGGAGCUGGGAAGACUACUCUGAUGGAUGUUCUUGCUGGGAGAAAAACUGGUGGAUAUAUUGAUGGAAGUAUUAAGAUUUCAGGGUACCCCAAGAAGCAAGAAACUUUUGCUAGGAUUGCAGGUUACUGUGAGCAGACAGAUAUCCACUCCCCACAUGUUACAGUCCACGAGUCGUUGAUCUUCUCAGCAUGGCUCAGGCUCUCUCCUGAAUCAAACUCCAAUACACAAAAGAUGUUUGUUGAGGAAGUGAUGGAGCUAGUGGAGCUGACUCCACUGAGAGAUGCACUCGUAGGAUUGCCCGGAGUGAACGGUCUAUCAACUGAGCAGAGAAAGAGGCUGACGAUUGCAGUUGAGCUUGUGGCCAAUCCUUCCAUAAUUUUCAUGGACGAACCAACUUCUGGACUCGAUGCAAGAGCAGCAGCAAUUGUAAUGAGAGCAGUGAGGAACACGGUAGAUACUGGAAGAACUGUGGUAUGCACCAUUCAUCAGCCUAGCAUCGACAUAUUCGAUGCUUUUGAUGAGUUGCUCCUGUUGAAGAGAGGAGGGGAGGAAAUCUUUGUCGGUCCAAUUGGUCGCCAUGCCUGCCAUCUCAUCAAGUACUUUGAGGCAAUUGAAGGAGUUCCAAAGAUAAAGGACGGAUACAAUCCUGCAACCUGGAUGUUAGAGGUCACCACAGCAGCACAAGAAGAUAAUCUUGGGGUCAACUUCACAGACAUAUAUAAGAACUCAGAAUUGUACAAGAGGAACAAGGACUUGAUUAAGGAGCUGAGCUCACCACUUCCCGGUUCAAACGAUCUCUUCUUCCAAACGCAAUACGCUCAAACUUUCUUCACUCAAUGCAUGGCUUGCUUGAAGAAGCAACACUGGUCUUACUGGAGAAACCCGCCUUAUAAUGCUGUGAGAUUGAUCUUCACAGUAUUCAUAGCUCUCAUGUAUGGGACCAUCUUCUGGAAUCUAGGCUCCAAAAGAGGAACGCAACAGGAUAUUCUGAACUCAAUGGGUUCCAUGUAUGCAGCAGUUCUGUUUAUUGGAUUCCAAAACAGUUCAGGAGUGCAACCGAUUGUAUCCAUCGAGAGAACAGUUUUCUACAGAGAAAGAGCAGCUGGGAUGUACUCCGAGUUGCCAUACGCUUUCGGACAGGUGGUUAUUGAAAUUCCAUACGUUCUGGUCCAAACCAUCUUAUACGGAGUCAUAGUCUACGCCAUGAUAGGUUUCGAAUGGACAGCAGUCAAGUUCUUCUGGUACAUCUUCUACAUGUUCUUCACAUUGUUGUACUUCACUCUCUAUGGGAUGAUGACGGUUGCCAUCUCUCCAAACCAUAACAUCGCUGCCAUCAUUUCAACUGCCUUCUUCGGGUUAUGGAACCUUUUCUCUGGUUUUGUCGUGCCUCGCCCGAGGAUACCAAUCUGGUGGAGAUGGUACUGCUGGGCAUGCCCAGUGGCUUGGACACUGUAUGGACUGGUGGCUUCACAGUAUGGUGACGUUUCGGAGACCUUCGAUGGUAGUGAUGAAACUGUAGAGGAGUUCCUCCGAGACUAUUUCGGGUUCAGACAUGAUUUCGUUGGGGUAGUUGCUAUAGUUCUUGUGGGAAUUUCAGUCCUUUUUGGCUUCAUGUUUGCAGUCUCCAUUAAGGCCUUCAAUUUCCAGAAGAGAUGAGACAAGUUUCGAAAUUAUCUGUGUACUGUAAGCAGCUGCCUAUAUUUUGAAGUUCCAUAUUGCAAAAUUACAUACUCGGCCAAUUUUGUAUCUUGGAUCUCUCUUCUCCUUUUUGCUGGUUCUGCAAGUUAACUGCAAUUUUACCAAAGAACAUACCAAUCAAGAUCUCAUUUGAAA